UGAGUGUGUGUGUGUGUGUGUGAGUGAAUGAGUGAGUCUUCAGGAGAAGAAUGGGAAAAGCAGCCGGACUGUGUUUGUAGACGAGGCUGCGGGUGGAAACACGAGGACCACGCUCUGCAUUUUUAAAACAGAAAAAUAUAAACAAUUUGUGUCAUUUUCGCUGCCGUUUUGCCCGUUUUACCCCUCUGAGGACAGGAAUAUUUGCUCCCAUUGGAGACCACAAGGGGAGGGGAGGAGAGGAGAGGAGAGGAGCCUCUUUGUGACUCCCUUUUUCACCGGCAUAAAAGCCUGGUGACAGAGUGGAGUGGAGUGGAGUGCUGGUUCAGCCUGACCUUAAACCUCAAUAGGAAGGAGAGAGAGAGCCACUUCAGAGAUGGAGCAGGUGUCAGAUGAUGAGCUGGACCAUGGAGCGGAGGAGGACAGUGAUAAGGAAGACCAGGACCUGGACAAGAUGUUUGGUGACUGGCUGGGAGAACUGGACAAACUCACACAGAGUCUGGAUGACGGGCGGCCGCAGCCCAAGCCUCUGCAGAAGCCUCCUCUCAGGCAGGAGACAAACAUGGCCAACUUCUCCUACCGCUUCUCCAUGUACAACAUCAAUGAGGCGCUGAACCAGGGCGACGCGGUGGACCUGGACGCCCUCAUGGCCGACCUGUGCUCCAUCGAGCAGGAGCUCAACACCAUCUCCAGACCCAACUCCACCAGGCAGAGCAAAGGCCAGCAGAGGGCGCCGGGGAGCCGUGGCGCCAGCACCAAGCACGCGGGCACCGGGGGAGGAGGGAGCAGCGGAGGCAGCACCAGUAGCAGUACUCGGGCCUCGCCGGCCAACACGGUCCGCGGCAGCGGCACCAGCGCUCGCCCCGCAGCCUCAAACAUCUCCCUGGAUGACAUCACAUCCCAGCUGGAGAAAGCGUCUCUGAGCAUGGAUGAAGCUGCGCGUCAGACGUCCUCCUCGUCCUCCUCUUCCUCGUCCUCCUCGUUCUCCUCUGCCACACUGCGCCGACCCUCGUCGGGGUCGUCCGGCGGCGGUGGCGGUGGCGGCGGUGGAGGCGGGCAGCACCGCAGGACGGGCUCGGUGGGCGGAGUCAGUGAGCAGGAAGCUCCGUCCCAGAGUCAGCGCUCCAGUGUCAACUCAGCGUGCGCCUCAGCGUCCAGCAUGGACUCCCUGGACAUUGAUAAAGUGAUGGCAGGAGGAGGAGGAGGAGGAGAAGUGGAGGCGCGGAGCGGUCAGAGCACACAAGGACACGCCCAGACCAGCACUGAGCAUGUCACACUGCGACGGGCUCACAGUAAACUGGCCAGACGGCAGCUGGACUUCACCUCACAGCAGGGUGAAGGUGAAGUGGACCGGGCCACUCACUCCUAUCUGGACCAAGAAACUUCUCUCAUUCUGAAAAGCAUAGCUGGAAAACCUUCUCACCUGCUGACCAAGGAGGAGCAGGCGGCCAAACUGAAGGCUGAGAAAAUCCGAGUGGCUCUGGAAAAAAUCAAGGAGGCUCAAGUUAAAAAGCUGGUGAUCAGGGUCCACAUGUCGGACGAGAGCUCCAAGACCAUGAUGGUGGACGAGCGUCAGUCGGUCAGGCAGGUGCUGGACAGUCUGCUGGACAAGUCUCACUGUGGCUACAGCCCCGACUGGUCCCUGGUGGAAACCAUUUCUGAGCUGCAGAUGGAGCGUAUCUUUGAGGACCAUGAGAACUUGGUGGAGAACCUGUUGAACUGGACUCGGGACAGCCACAACAAACUCAUGUUCACCGAACGCAUCGAGAAAUACGCUCUUUUCAAGAACCCACAGAACUACUUGCUGGGGCGGAAAGAGACGUCAGAAAUGGCAGACAGGAACAAAGAGGCUCUGUUGGAGGAGUGUUUCUGCGGCGGCUCGGUGUCCGUGCCGGAGAUCGAGGGCGUCCUGUGGCUGAAGGAGGACGGGAAGAAGUCGUGGAAGAAGCGUUACUUUCUGCUCAGGGCGUCGGGAAUCUACUACGUCCCAAAGGGCAAAGCCAAGGCCUCCAGAGAUCUGGUGUGCUUCCUGCAGUUGGACCAUGUGAACGUGUAUUACGGUCAGGACUACCGCAGCAAAUACAAGGCUCCCACGGACUACUGCCUGGCCCUGAAGCAUCCACAGAUCCAGAAGAAGUCUCAGUACAUCAAGUAUCUGUGCUGUGACGACGUCAGGACGCUUCACCAGUGGGUGAACGGAAUUCGAAUCGCCAAGUAUGGAAAGCAGCUCUAUGUGAACUACCAGGAAGCCAUGAAGAGGACAGAGGCGGCCUACGAUUGGUCCUCUCUCUCCACCUCCAGCAUCCGAUCCGGCUCCAGCUCGGCCAGCAUACCUGAGUCUCAGUCAAAUCACUCGGGUCAUUCAGACAGCGGCGUGGACACAGGCUCCUCCCACGGACGCUCGCAGAGUGUGGUCAGCUCCAUUUUCUCCGAGGCCUGGAAGAGAGGAACACAGAUAGAGGAGAACUCCAAGAUGAGAUCAGAGUCGUCCAGAGGAGGAACUCUGCCGCACGCCACCCACAGUCACAGACACCACAGCCAGCAUUCAGUGGACCACCUUGCUCUGACACCACAACCACAGACCCAGACCCAGACCCAGACCCAGCCUCCUCCACCGCAGCAGCAGCAGCAGCAGCCUCCACCACAGUCGCCUCAGCGCCCUCAGCAGCCACCGCAGUCUCCACAGCAACAGCUGCCACCACAGACGGUCAGCAGCUACAACCACAUGCCGCCGCAGCAACAACCACCGCCACCACAACCACAGACGGUCAGCAGCUACAACCACAUGCCACCGCAGCAACAACCACCGCCACCACAACCACAGACGGUCAGCAGCUACGACCACAUGCCGCCACAACAACAACAACAACAACAACAACAACAACAACAACAGCAACAGCAGCAGCAGCAGCAGCAGCAGCAGCAGCAGCAGCAGCAGCAGCAACAGCCGCCCAACAGCUACAACUAUAUGCAGCAGCAGCAGCUCCCACCACCACAUCCACAGACCUUCCACAGCUACAACCACAUGCCGCCUCCACCACCACAGCCUCCGCAACAACAGCCGCCACCAAAGACGGUCCACCGCUUCAACUACUUGGUCCCACAGCAGCUCCCACCACCGCAGACCAACAACAGCUACAACUACAUGCCUCCACCUCCACAACAGCCACAACCGCAGACCAACAGCUACAACUACAUGCCUCCCCCUCCACAACAGCCACAACCGCAGACCAACAACAGCUACAACUACAUGCCUCCACCUCCACAACAGCCACAACCGCAGACCAACAGCUACAACUACAUGCCUCCCCCUCCACAACAGCCACAACCGCAGACCAACAACAGCUACAACUACAUGCCUCCACCUCCACAACAGCCACAACCGCAGACCAACAACAGUCACAACUACAUGCCUCCACCCCCACCACAGUCUCCGCAGCAACAGCCGCUGCAGCUCCCACCACCACAGCUACAGACGGUCAACAGCUACAACCACGUGCCACCACCACCACAGCCCCCACCGCAGCAGCCAGCCCCGCCUCCACCUCCGCCUCCCCCUCCCCCUCCGCCUCCUCUUCCACCCCCACCAGUCCAGAUGGUGUCACACCACUCUCCAGCUCCCACCAUGUACAAGUUCAGCACCAUCACUAGGCUGCAGAACCAGCAAGCGGCGCAGACCACGAGUCACCACAGGCCGCCCACUCAAUCUCCAGCACCACCUGUCGCUCAGGUGCCCGUCAAACCCAACGUCAAUCACAUUGCGGCGAGGACGAACGUCCCGCCCCCUCCCCCGCCACCGCCUCCUCCGCCCUCCAUGCCGACACCUGGUUCAGCCAUGGCCGUGUUGAGGCUGGGGCCUCCCAGUCCUGCGGCCCCGCCUGCCUUCAUUCCUCCACCCCCUGCACCUCCUGCUCCCAAUAGACUCAUGUUUCCUCCAGCCCCGCCUGCACCCAUACCCAAGAGUCAGCCGUUUUACUCCAACGGGCUGAAGCAGGCUCUGAAGGAACGGUUUCCCAGCCCACCGCGGGACCUCCUGUCUCCAAGUGAAGACCUGGAGGAGUCCCCACCUCCUGCCCCUGCUCCACCACCACCCCCUCCUCCUCCUCCACCACCGCCGCCGCCACCUCCUCCCCCCCAGCAGUUCCCAGUACAAGCCCAGUUUCCACCUCCUCCUGCACCCAAGAAGACCUUCAAUCCAGGCUUUGUGCCUCAAAAUGUUCACAAACCUGUGUCCCCUGUCACUCCGUUCCCUCCUGCUCCACCUCCUGCUGCCUUAGGUGGUCCAGCCCCGCCUCCUCCACCACCCCCGCCUCCACCCGCACCCUUUAAGAAGCAGUUUAGCCUCCAGGCGGGGAACCACCCGCCUCCAACUCUGCCCAAGCAGCACAGCCUGUCCAAAGCACCCAUCUCCACAGGUGCGCCCCCUACCAUGUCACUAGUGAAACAACUGGCAAGUCAGUUUCCAGGAGCUCCAUCACAAGCUGUGAGUCACACAGAGCUGCCCAGACCUCCACCCCUCUCUCCACCGGCAGUCAAGACCAAACCAAAGUGGCAGCCUGGUGGUGGACAGCAGCUCCAGUCUCCAGACUUCCCCCCUCCUCCUCCUGACAGCAACGCUGGCUUCACUGCUUCGCCUCCUCCUCCUCCACCUCCUCCUCCUCCCCCACCACCUCCACCAGCACCUGUGACUGGCCCGACUCCACCGCCGCCCCCGCUCCCACCUGGAAACCUGUGCUCCCCCUUGAAGAGGUCGCCCUCCGGCAAUUUCGGAGGCAAGAAACCUCCUCCUACUCCACAGAGGAACUCCAGCAUCAAGUCCGACGGCUCGGCCUCCUACGAGGAGUCAAGGAGGAACUUGCUGAGCAAGUUUGCUCCUCAGAGCAACACCUCGCCUUCUUCCCUGUGUCCCUCCUCCUCCUCCUCAACAGGGUCUCCUUCCAAGGACGUCACAGCUGGACCUCCUGCUCCCCCAAAACCAGGCAAGCUCAACCUGUCCAACUUACCCUUAGCGCUUCAGGCCAAAGUGAGCCAGGUGAAGCAGUCCAGCGGCGACUUCCCCUCUCCACCAACUGACUGUGCCUACUUCCCGCCUCCUCCUCCGCCCAAUGACCUCUUCCCGCCUCCUCCACCUCCUGGUGGUGAUAUGCACAGCGGGGGAGGACCUCCAAGGGUCGCGGUGGUGAACCCGCAGCCGCAGGCUCCUCCCCCUCCACCACCCGUCUCCCUCGUCAGCAACUCCACUUGGGGGAAGAGCUCGUUAAAAAAGACUCCACCUCCGACGCUUGUGCGGCGCGGCAAUGCCACGCCUGAGCCUCCUCCUCCUCCUCUCUCGCCUCCUCCACCAACCUCCCCAAAGGGAAGCUCGGGUCAGCCCAACUUCCUCGCAGACCUCAACCGGACACUGAAGCGGAAGUCGGUUGGUCGCCAGGGUUCCGUCAACUCUGCCGGCCUCCCGGAGAAGCUGGACCCGGCGGGGACGAUGGACGACAUGGUGCUGCCGCCGCCGCCACCGCCCGAGCUGCUCCAGAGCAACGGCGGAGACGGUGGCUACGCGUCCGGAAACAUCUCAGGCUAUGCAACGUUGCGACGGGGGCCACCGCCAGCGCCACCCAAACGCGGCGAUACCACCAAACUUACCGGGGAGUGUUGAAGCGAUGCAUGAAACCCUUGGGAUCAUAAAUAUACUCUGUAAAUAUUAAAAAACCCAAACCAGACCAUGAUCAGUUAGUAUUUGCUAAUUAUUAUUAUUGCUUUGUUUUUUUGUUUUGUUUUUUUAAACAUGCUUUGCAUUCUGGAUCAAUGGGAUUUACGAUAUUGGGACAAACGAAGACUGGAGCGGGUAAGUUUGAAGUCUCGGGAAGUUUUCCGGGAUUGUCGGAACUCUCUGGAAAAUAAGAAACACUGUAAUUGCCCUUUACUGUAAAAUCCAGGAACACAAACAAACGGACUGGAGUCAGAAAAGUUCAAGUGUCACUGGAUCCUAAACGGUGUAUUCUCCGCUUCCUCGCUGUAAGUCUGUGCCACAUUCUGGAAACAAGAAGAAAAACACAAACAAACCCCGGAUCAGGAUCAGGAUCGUGCUUUGGUACUGCAUGGACCUCAUGUAACGACACGCUGUAAACCAUGAUGCUGUUCCGCUGUGUGUGUGUGAAUGUGUGAGAGGGUGAAUAUGGACACGUGCAUCAUUUCCACCGAGCGGUACAGUCGCGUGAAGUUUGUUUCGCAGGUUCAGUCGCUGAUCUGUUGAUGUUUCCCCCGGCGACACAGAAUGAAAAACACGAAACGCACCUUUUUUUUUUCGCCGUGCUUUACGUCGAAGAGGUUUCUUUUCUCGACCUUAGUCCUUAAUCCCAAUCUGUUCUGAACUCGACUGGACUGUACCACUUGGAGGAAACGCAGCUUUAGAAGAAAAAGAAAAAAAGGCCUUUUUUUGAGCAAUUUUAUUUUUUAUUUUUUUGCUUGUACAUGAAUUUAUUUAAUGACUUAAAUGAAGUGGAAGGAUUUUUUUGUUUUGUUUUUUUUAUACAUAUAUAUAUCCGUCUUAUUAAAGCUGGUUAAGAAAGUCUGGAGCGGAGCAAAAUGGUCAGCACCGAGAGGAAUGUAUUUAAGAAACUAAAACUUUGGACCCCGUUUGGACCCUGAAAUUAAAAGUCCGUCCCCCGGUGAUCGGAUUACACGUGAUCAGAUCUCGCGCGUGUUGACGUCACGUCAAAUUAAUCUGCGUAUGGACACACGUGCGGCGUCAAAUCCAGUGAUGAUAAAAGUGUAAAAGAUAGACAUGGAGUCUUCCCCGAGUCCUGAGGGACAGAUUAAUGUCCACGUGAGAUUAGAACGUCUCGAAUGUUUGAGUUGAAGGAUUCUACGUGUAAUGAAGAGGACGUCAGACGUCAUUUUAUGUGUCAUCCCGUUUCCUCUCUGUGCCAUUUCUGCGCCUUUAUUUUGAAAGGGUGCUACUGUCAAACGUGUCCUCGCGCGACAAAAACUAUAUAUUUUUUCGUUCCAUUUUCAUUUUAUAUUUCUUUAUUUAGAAUGGAGUAUCAUCAUGGUCGUCGUCACGUGUGACAGGAUUACAUGUAUGUAAGUUAUUGAUGUGCUGAUGUCGACGUGUGGAGAACGCGAGUGAAGAAGUGUCAGAUCCAGUGAAAAACGUGUCCCUCAUGCAUAUAAACUGACAAUUACAAUAUAAAUGUUAAAAAAAUCAAGAGUC